GUCAUUAUCGACGAGUGCUUGAAGGGAUGGAAGGAGCUGGAAUACGAAGUAGUGCGUGAUUCCCGGGACAACUGCUUGGUGGUCUGCAACAUGGAGAACCUGGAUCCAAUGGGUGUACACACAGGCGAGUCCAUCGUGGUUGCGCCAUCGCAGACGCUUUCGAACGAUGAGUAUCACAGACUGCGGGCUGUUGCAAUCAAGGUGAUUCGUCAUUUCGGUAUCGUCGGCGAGGCCAACAUACAAUAUGCCCUUGACCCGAAUUCAAACCGCUAUCGCAUUGUCGAGGUGAACGCGCGACUUUCCAGAAGCAGUGCACUUGCCUCCAAGGCAACCGGGUAUCCACUUGCCUACGUUGCUGCCAAGCUUGCCCUCGGUCACGAUCUCGUGAGCUUGAGGAAUCAAGUUACACGCUCAACAACUGCGUGCUUUGAGCCCUCGUUGGACUACUGUGUUGUGAAGAUCCCUCGCUGGGAUAUUGACAAGUUCCCCACUGUGGAGCGCACUCUGGGGACGCAGAUGAAGAGCGUUGGCGAGGUCAUGUCCAUUGCGCGGUCUUUCCCUGAGGCAAUUCAGAAGGCAUUGCGCAUGGUCAACGAAGGAUCCGUCGGCUUUGAUGGGAAUUGGUACUUGCGUGCGCGGUCUUCAGCAGCUGUCUCGAAAGACGGCAACAUCGAGGAGGAAUUGAAAUAUCCAGGACCGCUGCGGAUGUGGGCGCUGGCGCAUGCCUUCGAGAAGAACUACUCUGUGGAGCAGGUCUACCAGCUCACCAAAAUCGACAGAUGGUUUUUGGCGAAGCUCUUCUCUGUACAUCAAGGUCGCAGGAGAAUGGAGGGAAUGGGCAGCCUGGAUGCCUUGCAGCAGGCUGGCCCCGACUUCCUUCGCCGAGUGAAACAGCUCGGAUUCUGCGACAGGCAGAUUGCCAAAGCAGUCGGCAGCAAUGCAGAAGCAGUUAUGAAGCUGCGCACUGGCUGGAGCAUUCGGCCUUGCGUGAAGCAGGUCGACACCCUUGCAGCAGAGUUUCCGGCAAAGACGAAUUAUUUGUACUUGUCUUAUGUCGGCAGCCAGCACGACGUGCCUCCACUGAACAGCGAGAAAUUGGCUCCUCACAAGGACUCCCUGUAUGACAGCGCCUUCGGAAGGGGCAAGCUGGACGAGGAGUCCGGCUUCGACUUGCCAACCAGGAAGCUCGCAAAGACUCAGUCAUCUCCCGGAGGGUGGAGCCCUUCGCUGAUGAGUGCGCAGUCCAAGGAGGUGCCUCCACCGCUUGACUUGGGCGCUGACAAGGACGAGAAAGCAGCAUUCAUCGUGCUUGGAUCCGGUUGCUACCGGAUUGGAGCAUCGGUGGAAUUUGACUGGGGCUCCGUCUCUGCAGUCAGGACUCUGCGAGAGACGGGUCAUCGAGCGAUGGUGAUCAAUUGCAACCCCGAAACCGUGUCCACCGAUUACGACGAAAGUGAUCGGCUGUACUUCGAGGAGCUGACGCUUGAGACUGUUAGCGAAAUUUGCAACUUUGAGCAGCCGAAUGGCACUAUCGUGUCUGUUGGCGGCCAAACGCCCAACAACUUGGCUCCCCAGCUGGACAAGCUCGGAAUCAGAAUACUGGGAACCGCAGCACAAAACAUCGAUCGUGCCGAGGACCGCUCCAAGUUCUCAAGCAUGUGCGAUGAACUCGACAUCGACCAGCCUCAGUGGUCCGAGUUUGUGCAGCUCGAGGAUGCGCUCUUCUUCGCGAACAGCGUCGGCUUCCCUGUGCUGGUGCGCCCCUCCUACGUCCUCUCCGGAGCGGCGAUGCGGGUCAUUGACAGCGAGGAGCAGCUGAAAAGCUUCUUGGGCACCUCGGCAGUGGUUGAACAGGAGUUCCCAGUGGUCAUGUCCAAGUACAUCGAGGGAGCUAGGGAGAUCGAGUUCGAUGGAGUUGGGUGCAAUGGGGAAAUCAUCAACUACGCGAUUUCCGAGCACGUCGAGGAUGCUGGCACGCACAGCGGUGAUGCCACCCUGCUUCUGCCUUCUCAGCGCCUCUACCUUGAGACGAAUCGGCGUGCGAUGCAGAUCGCUGCACAGCUGUGCAAGGCCCUGAAUAUUUCCGGGCCUUUCAACGUGCAGUUCAUGUCGCAGGAAGCGGGAAGCCGGUCGAUGCGAGCAGUGAAAGUCAUCGAAUGCAAUGUCCGGGCGUCACGAACUGUUCCGUUUGUGUCGAAGACCUUCAACAUCAAUUUCAUCGAGCUGGCCACACGUGUCAUGCUGGGUCAGGACAUCAAGCCGAUGAAGGUGCAUGUAAACGACUUUGACUUCGUUGCAUGUAAGGCCCCUAUGUUUUCCUUCUUGCGACUGAGUGGCUCUGACCCUCGCGUCGGAGUUGAGAUGCAGAGCACCGGCGAGGUGGCCUGCUUCGGACACGAUGCGCAUGAGGCAUUCUUGAAAUCCAUAAUUGCAAGUGGCAUCAAGAUCAAAUUCGAGCCGUGCGGGCUCCUGUUAUCUUUAGGCCCACAGGAGGACAAGAUGACAAUUCUUGAGCACUUGCCCUUGCUAGACGAAAUGGGCUAUACGCUGUAUGCCACUAGCGGAACAGCGUCGUUCCUUCAGGCCGUCGUGUUUGCCUUGCUAUGCUUGGCAGGGAAGAGAUCUGUUGGGUGUUGA